AUGUUUCUGCAGCGAGGAUCAAGAGUGCUGCGACGGCAAUGGGGGGCUUCCAAGGCCAUGGGCAAGAUGGCCAUGGCGAAGAACAAGAACGCCAUGCCCGGCGCCCCGCGGUGGUUCUCCGAGUCGAGGAGGCUAUACGCCGUGAAGCCGGUGCUGCUGGCUGAUAUCGGCGAAGGCAUUGUCGAGUGUGAGGUGAUCCAGUGGUUCGUCGAGCCCGGCGCGCACGUCGAGGAGUUCUCGCCUCUGUGCGAGGUGCAGAGCGACAAGGCAUCUGUGGAAAUCACGAGCCGCUUCUCCGGCGUCGUCAAGAAGCUGUACUACGAGACGGGCGAGAUGGCCAAGGUGGGAAAGCCGUUUGUCGACAUCGACAUCGAGGGCGGGGCCGAAGCCGAGGACGCCGGUGCUCCCAAGGCGGCGGAUGUAAGCCAGGAGGCAGCAGCCUCGCCUUCAACACCAGCGCCAGAGUCACAGUCGUUGCAACAGGCUGAAGCUGGUGUGGUGGCGCAGGGACAGAGCCAGACGCCGAAGCCCAAGGGCAAGGCCGCAGCACUGGCGACGCCUGCGGUCCGACAUCUAUCCAAGGAGCUCAAGGUCGACAUCGCCGACAUUGACGGCACGGGCAGGGACGGCCGGGUUACAAAGGAGGACAUUUACAAGUUCGUGCAGCAGAGAGACGCCAGCGCCAGCGCAUCGGCUGCCUCGCAGUCUGCGUCCGCGCUGCCGCAGCAGCCGCCGCCACAGGCCCCCAGCGGCCAGCCCUCGGUGCAGACGGAGACGCGAGUCCAGCUCACCAACACGCAGCAUCAGAUGUUCAAGACGAUGACGCGGUCGCUCAGCAUCCCCCACUUCCUCUACUCGGACGAGGUCGACUUCACGAAGCUGGUCCAUCUCCGCGCCCGCCUCAACAAGGUCCUCGCCCAGACGCCGGCGGCGCCCGGCCAGGUGGCCAAGCUCUCUUACCUCCCCUUCAUCAUCAAGGCCGUCUCCAUGGCGCUGUACCAGUUCCCCAUCCUCAACUCGCGCGUCGAGAUCGACCCGGCCACCAACAAGCCUUCCCUCAUCAUGCGGUCCCUGCACAACAUCGGCGUGGCCAUGGACACCCCGCAGGGCCUGCUGGUGCCGGUCAUCAAGGACGUCGGCUCCCUCAACAUCCUGUCCAUUGCCGCGGAGCUCUCCCGCCUGCAGGGGCUCGCGGUCCAGGGCAAGCUGACGCCGGCCGACUUCUCGGGCGGCACCAUCACCGUCUCCAACAUUGGCAACAUUGGCGGCACGUACCUCAGCCCCGUCAUCGUCGAGCGCGAGGUGGCCAUCCUGGGCAUCGGCCGCAUGCGCACCGUGCCGGCCUUUGACGAGAAUGACAACGUGGUGAAGAAGCACGUGUGCAACUUCUCGUGGAGUGCCGACCACCGCGUCGUGGACGGAGCGACCAUGGCGCGGGCCGCCGAGGUGAUUCGCCGGGUGGCCGAGGAGCCGGACGUCAUGGUCAUGCACCUGAGAUGA